GCAAAUGUUUAAGGCGUUUAAGUAAGUCGUGUGUUUUGUGAGUGCGCAUAAAUUAAACAAAGCUUAUCAACCAAAAAAAGAGAAUGAAGGUGUUUUUAUCGCUGAUGAUGCUGGUGGUGCCGGCGUGGCUUAACGCCGAAUUGUGUGGCACACCAACCGAUGCCAGCAUGUCGUCCCUGCGCUCCGAUUUGUAUCGGGGCCAGCAGGAGUUCUCGGUGGCCAUGCUGGAUGCCAUACGGAAGGCGACGCCCAACGAGAAUGUGUUCUUCUCACCCUACAGCACCUACCACGCCCUGUUAUUGGCGUAUUUCGGUGCCACCGGCGAGUCUGAGACGGAGCUGGCCAAUGUGCUGCGCCUGAACUGGGCGCCCAACAAGGAGGCGGUGCGCAGUGCCUAUCGCACUGAGAAGAAGUUGCGUGAGGUGCGCACCAAGGAGAUGCCACUGGAGUUCGCUUCCGCUGAUCGCCUCUACUUUGACGAACGCAUCAAGCUGGCCGAUUGCCUGGAUUCGCGUUUGCACGAUGAAAUUGUCCAGCUGAACAUCAAGGAUAAUGUGGAGGAGACGCGUCAGCAGAUCAACUCAUGGAUCGCUAAUGUCACACACGAUCAGAUCAAGGACAUGAUUGCCUCUGGCGAUAUCGAUUCCCAAACUCAACUGGUGCUGGCCAAUGCUGCCUAUUUCAAGGGCCAGUGGUCCAGCCGCUUCAAUGCGGACAAGACCCAGCAAAUGCCCUUCUAUACGUCCAGCGAGAAGUAUUCGUUUGUGCCCAUGAUGAAGCAGAAGGGCAACUUCCUGCUGCAUCCGGAUGAGCGCCUGGGCGCCCACGUUCUGCAGCUGCCGUACAAGACAUCGAUGAAGGAGGACGAUGAGAAUUCCGAUAUAUCUAUGGUCAUCAUAUUGCCUGCCUUCAACAAUGAUGCGCUGGAGCAAGUGCUGUCCAAGCUGAAUGCCGACACGUUAGACGCGUCGCUUAAGGAAGCUUCGAUGCGCGAAAUCGAAGUCUCGCUGCCCAAAUUUGAGUUCGAGCAGCGUCUGGAGCUCUUGCCGAUCCUGGGUCAACUGGGCGUCAAGCAGAUCUUCGGCUCUACCGCCAGUUUCAACGACUUCAGCACCGAGCAGCAGUUGUCGUUCGGCGACGCCAAGCACAUGGCCAAAAUCAAGAUCGAUGAGGAGGGCAGCACAGCGGCUGCUGCUACAGUCUUGGUCAGCUUCCGAUCGGCCCGGCCAGUGGAGCCAACCAAAUUCGAGUGUAAUCAUCCGUUCGUCUUCCUGAUCUACGAUCACAAGUCGAGCGCUGUUUUGUUCACGGGCAUCUAUCGUGAUCCCAAGACAAUGAAGUGAAAUGCCACGCCCAACCAUUUAAGGCUCGUGUCAACUAUGCCAGUGCAAAAGUAAGCAUGUGUGUGUAUUCGACUCUUGUUAUCUUAUAAUCCCUAACCAAAUUUCGUCUCGAAUAAGCACAAGUACCUUAAAAGCGUUUAAUUGUAUUUGUAAAAUAAAUUAUAUAAACAAACCUUAUAUUC